AGCUUUUGAUCGGAGUUCCCUUUUUUAUUUCUUGGAUCUGUCGUAUUAUAUAAAAUAUAGGGUGUUUGCUAAAUUCUUGUUUCUAUGAUCGUCUUCUUGGCGGCCAAGAUAUUUGCCCUUUCUUCACUUUAAAUGAAUGGCUUUGCAAGAAUGGCCAAUGCUAUGUUGCAACAAACAGUUGGAGGAACUCUUCAGCUUCUCAGCAAUUCUGGAACUCACUGCAAUGUCGGGAACCGUUCGGUACGGUUGCUUCCCAAAGGGUUUAAGUUGGAAGUUGAGUUCCCAAAGAGAGCGAUUUAUAGUUCGGGAAAGAGGAAAUUCAACGUUAUUCAACCGUCAACAUCUCAAACCUCUGUUGUUGGUCCUCUUUUAGCUCCCUCAAGUAGUGACACCCUUGAUUCUCACAUGAAAUCAAAUGAGGUAGCUUUGAUACUGAUUCGCCAUGGUGAAUCUUUAUGGAAUGAGAAGAACCUUUUUACAGGUUGUGUUGAUGUGCCAUUAACCAAUAAGGGAGUAGAAGAGGCAAUUGAAGCUGGUCAUAGAAUCAGCAACAUACCUGUCGACAUGAUAUACACAUCGUCACUAAUUCGUGCACAGAUGACUGCUAUGCUAGCUAUGACUCAACAUCGCCGCAAGAAGGUGCCAAUUAUCCUUCAUAAUGAGGAUGAGCGAGCAAGAGCGUGGAGUAAAAUAUACAGUGAAGACACCAUAGAACAAUCGAUUCCUGUUAUAACAUCUUGGAAAUUGAAUGAAAGAAUGUAUGGAGAAUUACAAGGUCUGAAUAAACAGGAAACUGCGGAUAAAUUUGGUCAUGAAAAAGUUCACGAGUGGCGCAGAAGUUAUGAUAUACCUCCACCCAAUGGCGAGAGUUUGGAAAUGUGUGCUCAAAGAGCUGUUGCAUAUUUCAGAGAUAAUAUUGAACCCCAACUUUUAUCUGGAAAGAAUAUCUUGAUUUCUGCCCAUGGGAAUUCAUUAAGGUCCAUUAUCAUGUAUCUUGACAAACUAACCUCCCAGGAGGUUAUUACUUUAGAACUAUCCACUGGGAUACCCAUGCUUUACAUUUUUAAAGAGGGAAAGUUCAUUAGGAGGGGAAGUCCAGUAGCACCAACAGAGGCUGGAGUCUACGCUUACACUAGGAGGUUGGCUCAAUACAGGCAGAAGUUAGAUGACAUGUUGACUUGACAUAUGUCCUUCUAAGUAUAGAGGUAACAUCGGAUCCUGUAUGCUAGCCCUCUUUCCAACUCUCGAUAAAUGUUAAAAUUUUUUUCUGUAAGUUUUCCAGGGCCGUCUUUUUGCAUCACUACUGACAUCACCAUCUACAAUUGUUCUGUUUACAAUGUUGGACCAAUAGCUCCGAAGGUUAGCUGUCGUACAGUUGAUUUUUCAUAUGGUGCAGCAACGUAGUUGCAAGUCCCUGCUGAUGAUUAGGUUAGGUAGGUAGGUGUGCUAUAGAUAUACAAUACUCAUUUCCAGUUUUUACCGUCUUCAGUUUGUUGAGAAAAUAUGGACAGAAGGGUUUGUCUUUGUAUUGAGUUCGAAUAUUUUUUUUUUUGGGUGCAAUAAGAAAAAGUUUAUCGGUUA